AUGUCCGAGACCAACCUGAACAACAGCAAUGAGGGCGGUAACAGUCUGAGUAGCAGUACGUGUAGUACUCUCUACAACCCGAAUGAGCGAGGUCCGGGCCCGGAGCUUGAUCAAAACCCACCACCACCACCACCACCACACCCUUGGGCCAGCGAAUACGCGGCUAGUGGGAGAGCUACGCAACAUCUGCGGCCAGCCAGCCUUUGGGAUACGGGCCAGAAUGAAGACUACGCCAGAACGAGAUUUUCGUAUAAUUUCAUUGACCGUACACGGCUCAAUGGCACUGGAUCCUCUAGUAGGGCCCUGUACAGUACAGCCAUUGAGGUAAAUUUAGUGCGAGAGGUCGAGCAGCGGCGGAGCGCUUCCAGAUACAACAACGGUUCUCGUUCCCCUACCGCGCCAGACCCCGGAGUAGCCGCUCGACUACGCAAGGAGAUGGAAGACGUCAAGAUCUUCCUAUGGUCGCGGGUUGAGGGCGAAAACCCAAAUCCCAGGAUGUACCUCCUUUUCAACCUUGCGUACGAUACAGAGAAGAAGAUGGGGUCAAUUGCGGCCGAUAUGUAUGCCAUACGCUAUGGCUUCAAGGCGCUCCUGAAGGCUGGCGCGUUGUUCGCGCUGCGAGAUAAUCUGCAGACACAUAUCCGCGCGAUUGAAGAGGCGCACGCCGAGCUGAAGAGGAUACUUGACGAUGCAGUGGAAGUGACUGGCGGAUCUAUGUGCCCCAGCCCGUACGCAAAGAUUCCGUCGAUGAUUCAGAUUAGGCGCCGGGAAGUGAAUAGUGAGGGCGAGUAUUUCCCACGCCCGCGGGCGUCCUUGAGGGCUCCUGUUGUACCUGCGGCAGUCCGAAGAUAA